AUGCCGCAAGUGCCAACGGCACCAGACCGGGCCUGUACGGGAUCGUGUUGCCAUCGGUGCAAGAAGAUGGGACAUAUGGCUAGAGACUGCAGGAGCCCAUAUCCUACAAACUGGAACCAGCAGCAGCAGGGUGGCAAGAAGGGGUGUUUUCGAUGUGGUGCUGAAAACCACUUCAAGAGGAACUGUCCGCAGAUGAGACAGAAUCGUGACAACAGCGGCAACCAGGGCAACGGGAACAAUAACGGAGACAAUAAAGAUAACCGCAGGACUGGUGAGCAUGAGUUCCUGAAUGGACAAGAGGAAGAAAGAAACAACCCCAACGUUGUGGUGGGUAAGUUCCUACCAGACAAUUUCUUUGUUUCCAUUUUAGUUGAUUCGGGUGCCGAUAUUAGAUAUGCGUUCUUAAGAGUUAGUCAGAAAAAUUGA